AUGUCAAACAACAACGAAAACCAAAUUAACGACAUGUGGAAUCACUUUCUAGAAAACCCAAUGUCGGGUAUGCCCCUGAUGCUGGCUAUGCCGGCUAUGUCGUCAACUAACCAAGGCCAAACAAGUCAUGCUUCAGGCUCAUCCAACCCGACCCCAAUGGGUCCUUCACCCCCUUGCCUCGUUAACCCAUAUUCUCAAGCGUAUUACAAUCAAAUUGGUUACAAUCCAGUUAUGGGUCAAAAUUGGAUCGAGUCUCAAUGUUUGGCGUUAAUGCAAGCCCAAAUUCAAGCUCAAAUGCAAGCUCAAAUGGCGUUCGACUAUCACCAACAACAACAAAGACCAAGAACGUCACAACCGCCAUUGAUUAUCAAUGAAAAUGUCCCCGACAAAGAUAGUGUCGCGUCUGCCGAUGAUGAUGAAGAAGAAGAAGAUGAAGUUGUGGAGGUGGGUCGUGGGAAGAGACGCGCCUCAAAACCGAGAGAGAAAAGGAACUGGGAAAAUGAUGAUACACUGUUGUUGGCAAGGUGUUGGGUGCAUUGGUCGCAGGACCCGGUGGUGGGUAAUAGUCAGACGGAGGGUACUUUUUGGAAAAAAGUGGUGGAGAUGUUUAACAACGAAACACUACACGCAACACGUAUGAAGAGCCAAAUACACGGUAAAUAG